AUGAAUCCACCAUCAAAUAACCACAAUAUAGAACCAAGAGACCUGGGAAAUUCAGGUUCAAAUAUCAAUAAUGGAGUUAACUCACCCCAGAGGAAGGUUUUGUCAGGAACAAAGCUGCAACGUGUUUUACACAGUCCACUUAUGGCAGAGCCAUCACCAACGUUAAUAAACCAAGUAGGUUCUAACAAGUUUCCUGAGGUGUUUCGAGUAAAACAAGGAAGCUAUGCUGAUCAUCCUUCAGCCAAAAUUUCAGAACUGAUGAAAUCAACUAGCUUGGAUAAUGCUCCUACUCAGUCGCUUUUGAGUGUGGUGAAUGGUAUUUUGGAAGAAAGUGUUGAAAGAAGAAAUGGCGAAAUACCCCAACGUGUGGCUUGCUUAUUGAGAAAGGUUGUGCAAGAGAUUGAGCGACGUAUAUCAACUCAAGCAGAACAUUUAAAAACUCAAAACAAUAUUUUUAAGGCCCGUGAAGAAAAAUAUCACUCAAGAAUCAGAGUCCUUGAAGCUCUUGCAUCUGGAACUGAGGAAGAAAGAGAGAUUGUUAGCAUAAACCAACUUCAACAUUUGAAGACUGAGAGGAUUGAAAAAGAAGAAAAGAAGGUAGAUGAAUUAAAACAAACUAGGAUGACUAAAAUGCAAGAAGAAAAGGAAAAUGAUGAUAAAACUAAGGAAAUUUCAACAUUGAAACAAAAGCUAGAAACGAUGAAAAAAACAUACGAAGUACAAUGUUCACAGAUGGAACGAAAAACUAAGGAGGAAAAUAGAGCAGAUGGCAAAGAGAUUAAUAGAUAUAUUAACGAGUUAGAGGACAAAACUAUGGAAAUUUCAACAUUAAAUCAGAAACUAGAAACAAUGAAAAAAACGUGUGAAGAGCAACGCUUAAAAUUAGAAGCAAAAGCCGAGGAGGGAAAGAUGACAGAUGAGAAAGAUGUAAUGAAAAUGUUAGAGGACAAAAACAUUGAAAUUUCAACGUUGAGGAAAAAUCUAGAAACACUAGAAACAAUAUCAAAAACAUAUGAAGUACAGUGUUCACAGUUGAAAGCAAAAGUUGAGGAGAAGAACAUGACAGAUGGAACAGAUUCUAUCAGAUAUGUUAAAGAAUUAGAGGACAAAAACAUGGAAAUUUCAACGUUGAAGCAAAAACUAGACAAAGUAGAAACGAUGGCAAAAACAUAUGAAGUAGAGUGUUCACAGUUGAAAGCAAAAGUUGAGGAGAAGAACGUGACAGAUGGAAAAGAUUCUAUCAGAUAUAUUAAAGAAUUGGAGGACAAAAAUAUGGAAAUUUCAAUACUAAUCAAAAAGCUAGAGACAAUGAAAAAAGAAUAUGAAGUACAAUGCUCACGGUUGGAAGCAAAAGCUGAGGAGAAAAAGAACGAAGAGGGUAAAGAGGUUAGUAGAUAUAUUAAAGAGCUAGAGGACAAAGAUAUGGAAAUUUCAACACUGAGGCAAAAACUAGAAACAGUGACAAAAACAUACGAAGUACAAUGCUCACAACUGAAAGCAAAAGCUGAGGAGGAAAAGAUGGAAAAUGGAAAAGAGGCUAUCAGUUAUAUUAAAGAGUUGGAGGAAAAAAAUAAGGAAAUUUCUGCAUAUAGGCAAGAAUUGGAAACAAUGAAAAAAACAUAUGAAGUUCAAUGCUCACAGAUGAAAGCAAAAACUGAAGAGGAAAAAAUAGCAAAUGGGAAUGAGACUAUUAGAUAUAUCAAAGAGCUAGAGGAAAAAAAUAUGGAAAUUUCAGCAUUUAAACAGGAGCUAGAAACAAUGAAAAAAACACAUGAAGUUCAGUGCUCACAACUGAAAGCAAACGCUGAAGAGGAAAAAAUGGCGAAUGGGAGAGAAAUUAUUAAAUAUACCAAAGAGCUAGAGGACAAAAACAUGGAAAUUUUAGCAUUUAAGCAAGAACUAGAAACAACGAAAGAAGCAUAUGAAGCACAAUGCUCAGAACUGAAAGCAAAAGCUCAAGAUGAAAAAAUGGCGAAUGAGAAAGAAAUUAUGAAAUAUAUGAAAGAGGUAGAGGACAAAAGUAUGGAAAUUUCAUCAUUUAAGCAAGAACUAGAAACAACGAAAAGAACACAUGAAGUACGAUGCUCAGAAUGGGAAGCAAAAGUGGAGGCUGGUAAAGAAGAGCUGAAAGAGAAAUCACAAGAAUACGAAAAUUUGUUGGAAAAACUAAGAAAUAAGGUUAAAGAGAAUGAAACCCUUUACGAGUCAAAAUAUCAGAAGUGGAUGCAGAAAGAGAACCAGAUACGAAAAGAUGUGAAUAUUCAGUUCAGUUCCAUAAAGACAUUGAAAUUAUCAUGGGAAUCUAUCAAGCAAGAUGCUUUGAAAGAGCAAAUUAUUUACUCUGAGGAAUGUAAAAAGUUAGGUUUAAAUCUGAAACCACUAGUAGAUGCAGCUGAGAAUUAUCAAAUAGUUCUUGCAGAAAACCGAAAACUGUUCAAUGAAGUUCAAGAAUUAAAAGGAAAUAUAAGAGUAUAUUGUCGACUUAGACCAUUUCUUCCUGGUCAAAAGGAAAAACAAUCUAUUGUGGAACACAUUGGUGAAACUGAGUUGGUUGUGGCAAAUCCUUCCAAACCAGGAAAGGAAGGCCUUAAAACAUUUAAGUUCAAUAAGGUCUAUGGUCCAACCUCAACUCAAGCUGGGGUGUAUGCUGACAUACAAGCCUUCAUACGAUCAGUAUUGGAUGGGUAUAACGUAUGUAUAUUUGCUUAUGGUCAAACUGGUUCAGGGAAAACUUUCACAAUGAGUGGUCCAAAUAAUGCAACACCCGAGACUGUUGGUGUUAACUAUCGAGCUCUUAAUGAUCUCUUCAGCAUAUCUACAAGUAGAAAAAGCUCCAUAGAGUAUGAGAUUGGUGUUCAAGUAAUUGAGAUAUACAAUGAACAAGUUCGAGACUUAUUAACAACUGAUGCUUCAAAGAAAACACUUGGGAUACUGAGUAAUGCUCAACCAAAUGGAUUAGCAGUGCCUGAUGCUACCAUGCAACCUGUGAAAUCACCUGAAGAUGUCAUAAAGCUAAUGGACAUUGGUCUGAAAAAUAGAGCUAAGGGUUCGACAGCUAUGAACGAAAGAAGUAGUCGUUCUCACAGUGUUGUCUCAAUUCAUGUUCGUGGGAUGGAUAAAAAGGCUGGUUCCUCUCUUCAUGGUAAUCUUCAUUUGGUAGAUUUAGCAGGAAGUGAAAGAGUUGAUCGCUCUGAAGUAACUGGGGAUAGACUCAAGGAAGCACAACAUAUCAACAAAUCACUAUCUGCUCUUGGAGAUGUCAUUUUUGCACUUUCUCAGAAGACUGCUCAUGUGCCAUAUAGAAAUAGCAAGCUCACUCAACUUCUGCAAACAUCUCUUGGUGGUCAAGCAAAAACACUCAUGUUGGUCCAAAUUAAUUCUGAUGUAAAGUCUUUUUCUGAAUCUUUGAGUACUUUAAAGUUUGCUGAGAGGGUUUCCGGAGUUGAGUUAGGAGCUGCUAAAAGUAGCAAAGAAGGAAGAGAUGUUAGAGAAUUAAUGGAACAGGUGGCUUCUUUGAAGGACACUAUUUCGGUUAAAGAUGAGGAGAUUGAGAAGUUACAAUUACUUAAGGAUCUAAAAAAUGUAUAUCCUGGUGCUAAUUCUGAGAACGUUGAAACUGCCUAA